CUUGGUCGAAUUUAUUUGGAUAUGCUGAAUGUUUAUAAAGUUAUGUCAGAGAAUAUAACUGCAGCUAUAACUUUAAAUGGAGAAGCCGUUACGAAACAACCUCUGAUAAAAGCUAUGCGAGUUGUUAAAAAGGAAACUCUUAAACUUAUUGCUGAUUGGAUUUCAAAAUCAAAUGACAACACUAUGGUUUUAGAGAACUUUCUACCUCCCUUUCUAGAUGCAGUUUUGAUAGAUUACCAGCGAACUACAGUGCCUUGUGCAAGAGAACCUGAGGUACUAAGUGCUAUUGCCACAAUAGUCCAUAAGCUAGAAGGUCAUAUUACUGUGGAGAUACCUAAAAUUUUUGAUGCAGUUUUUGAGUGUACCCUUGAAAUGAUUAAUAAGGAUUUUGAAGAGUUUCCUGAACAUAGAACCAACUUUUUCUUGCUCCUUCAAGCUGUAAAUAAUCAUUGUUUUGUGGCAUUUUUAAAUAUUCCGCCAACUCAAUUUAAACUGGUACUUGACAGUAUAAUUUGGGCAUUUAAACAUACCAUGAGAAAUGUAGCCGAUACAGGUCUACAAAUUCUCUUGAAAUUGUUACAAAACGUUGAACAACAUGAGGCAGCUGCUCCUAGUUUCUAUCAGACCUACUUGACAGAUAUUUUGCAACAUGUCUUCUCCGUUGUUACUGAUACAUCUCAUACAGCCAGUUUAUCGAUGCAUGCUACUAUCUUGGCCUAUAUAUUUUCAUUG